CUUAUAAACAAAACCUAGACAAUACAAAUCUAAGAGAGGAAGAAAUGUGUGUGACCAAAAGAAAAUGAGAAAAGAAGAAAGAAUUUUUAUAUUUAGCAGAAAAUUUUUUUAAAAAAUUAUAGCAGAAAAUGGUGAACUUUGCGGUUGUACUAAGAUCUUCGAUGUGCAUUAUCGUGAAAUCAGCCGGAAUGGUUCCAUGCACCGUAGAAAUCGAACCAGGAACGAAGAUUCAUUUCUGGGUACCGAAGAAAUCCGGUGAAAUCUCCGCCGGGAAACCAACAAAACCCGCCGUGUUACUCAUUCACGGUUUCGCCGGCGACGGAGUAAUGACGUGGGCUUUUCAGGUUCGUUCGUUAUCAAAGAGAUACUCUGUUUAUAUACCGGACUUACUCUUCUUCGGUGGUUCCUACACCGAUAAACCGGACCGGUCACCAGAGUUUCAAGCCGAGUGUUUGGUUAAGGCUAUGCGUAUCCUGGGAGUGGAUAACUUUGUCACAGUCGGGUUUAGCUACGGUGGCGUUGUGGCGUUCAAGAUCGCGGAGUUGUAUGAGAGCAUGGUUAAGGCUUUGGUGCUAUCCGGUUCGCCUCCGGUUAUGACCGAUUCGAAUGUGAACCGGUUUGGGUUUAGUUCAAUGUCGGAUGUCUUGUUACCCAAAACGGUGAAAGGAGUUGAGUUUCUUCUCUCCGCUGCUUUGCAUAAGCGCAUAUGGCUCCCAAAUCGGCCUUUGAAAGAUUACCUUAAGACAAUGUUCACAAAUAGGAAAGAAAUGGGUGAACUCUUAGAAGCUCUGAUCAACAGCAAUGACACUACGUUCCCUACUUUUCCUCAGAGAAUACAUCUUUUAUGGGGAGAAAACGACAAGUUCUUCAGUCUUGAAUUUGCAAAACAUCUGCAUAUAAAGUUGGGAGAAAUGACAAGUAUGGACACUAUAAAGAAUGGAGGUCAUUUGGUGCACUUGGAGAGACCAUUUGUCUACAAUAAACUUCUCAACAAGUUUCUUGCUUCUCUUCAUUAGAAAAGAAGGUGUGUGAUUUUGGCGGAGUCACUCGAUCAACAAGCCAUCAUAAAAGACUGCAUUAAAGAAGAAACAGAACCGGAGGGGUUUGUCUUGCAUAGUUACGUGUGUGAUACAUCAUAAGUAAGAAACAGAUCCACUCUAAUUCAGAUUCUGCUUUUUCAACUAAAACAAAGCAGCUCCUUCAUUCUUACAUAUACAUAUAUUAUAUAUAUAAGAAUAUUUAUUUUACGUAAUCCAUUUGAAAUCAAAAUGCAACCCCUACCGUUAACGUAUAUAAUUUCUCCGGUUCUAAAGCUCAGUACUACGGUCAUUCACAUAUCUACCGUACUCUCCAGUAGCCUCAGAAGCCUUCUCCUUUGCACCCUCAUAAGCUUCUUUUGCCUUCUCCGACAUCGAAUCCUUAGCAGCAUCAUACCUCUCCCCAACCUUAUACAAUGCCUCCUCAAACUUUUCGGCUGCUUCACUUCCUAAUCCAUACGCGUCUGUUGCUUUGUCUUUACCAUAGUUCAUCGCUCGCCCUGCGGUUUCUUUAACGUUAUGAGCUUUAUCCGAUGCCAUGUCUUUAGCAUUCUCGGAACCUUCUUUAGUCCUUUUGUAGGUUCCAUAACCUAUUUCAUUAGCUUCAUCGCUCUUAUCCGUAGCCAUCCUUAUCACAUUAUCCGCUUUGUCAUACACAGUGUCCUUUGCGUUACCGGCCUUGUCGUAUGCCAUGUCUCUGGCUUCGCCCGCCUUGUCAUAGGCUGAUCCUGCUUUAUCAUAGGCCAUGUCCUUGGCUUGACCGGCCUUUGCGUAUGCCAUGUCUUUGGCUUCGCCGGCCUUGUCAUAGGCUGAUCCUGUUUUGUCAUAACCCACGUCUUUGGCUUGAGCGGACUUGUUGUUAGCAGUGUCCUUGGCCUGACCAGCUUUUUCGUAGGCCAUAUCUUUGGUAUGACUUGCCUUGUCGUAUGCUGAUCCCGCCGUAUCGUAAGCCAUGUCCUUAGCUUGGCUAGCCUUUUCGUAGGCCAUGUCCUUGGCUUGACCGGCCUUGUCAUAGGCUUGACCGGCUUUGUCAUAGGCCAUGUCCUUGGCUUGACCGGCUUUGUCAUAGGCCAUGUCCUUGGCUUGACCGGCUUUGUCAUAGGCCAUGUCCUUGGCUUGACCGGCUUUGUCAUAGGCUAUGUCCUUAGUUUGGCUGGCAUCAUCAGCAUUGUCAUAAGCAUAAUCUUUUGCGUUUUUAGCACCAUCGUAAGCAGAUCCAGCCUUGUCGGAUGCAAAGUCCUUGGCAUAACCCGCAUUGUCAUAGGCUGAUCCAGCCUUGUCGGAUACGUAGUUCUUUGCAGAUUCAGCUGCUUCUUCUGCUUCAUCUUUCUUGCUUCCUAAUCCUCUGGAGAUUUUAUCAGAAACCCAACCAGUCCAAGAGGCGGUAUUGUCCUUAGCGUCUUGAGCCGCCUCGCCCGCCAUUUUUUUAGCGUUCUCGGCAGCGUUUUUAGCAUGCUCUGCUUCAAUAUCCUCUGCUGUUUUUGCUCCCCAUCCAUGACAUCUCCUCUGCCACGUCAACAUCACCACCAUCACAAAAAGCAUCAUCAUCACCUUUCUCUUCCCCGAUAGUAUUGCCAUUUUCACUGUUUGUUUUCUUGUUGCAAUCUCC